UAUUUGCUCCCACCCCACUUUCUUUCUAUCUGUUAACGUUCGAAGUUUCUGCGUUAUCUCAUAGAAACGAUGUAUUUCAAGUUUCUUCUCACGAUUGUGCUGCCGCUUGUGAGUGCUUUACCAUGGGAUGGGCCCCAGGUAACUGCAACAAUAGAGCUUGGAAGCAUUGAGCUCUUCAGACAUGAUCAAAUCGGCAUUGCAGUAAAGCCUGGUUGGAAUCCAGCUCCGACAGCGAAGCCACGAGAUCUCGAGAAACGUCUUUCAGCAGCUUUUAGUUCUUCAACUAGUGUCAAUACCUGUGGCUUCUUGGGAGGAUCUGUUGCCUUCUCCGAAACAUGCGAUCCUGGGUAUACGUGCGCCAUAGCCACCGCUCAGAAUGUUUGGGCUUGCUGCCAGACACCUUCAGCCUGUUACAUCAAAACGUCUUGUGUCCCGCAGUCGGCGUUAGUGAGCUGUGCUGCCAAUCCUGCAUGUCAAGGAAACAGCUUUGUGGCGAAAUGUGAUACUUUCGACCCGUACUGCAACCAGCAAAUCAUCAUUGGAGAAGGAAAUCUGCCAGCAACCCUUUUCUACUGCGGCUCGGUCCCAUCCAUCGAGACGAUAUACGCCACCGCCACCGACGCAGGAACUUCAGCGUCGGCUGGUUCUUUCGUUUUUGUUAGCUUGACAAUCGCAUCAGUUUCCUUCUCUACGACUCCCACUCCUUCAUCAAGCUCUUCACCGAGCCCAACGCUGGUGACAUUCACAUCCACAUCCUCGAGCGCCCCACCCCCAACCCACACUUCAAAGCCCACACCAGUGGGAGCGAUUGUAGGCGGCACAAUUGGCGGAAUAGCCGUACUGAUCGCACUGGCAUUUGGAGUCUUCUUCUUGCUGCGCAGCAAGAAGAAGCGCAACGCAGCACCAGCUGGUGAUAUGCAGCAAGCUCAAUAUCACCCUCAAACGGCACCUGAUGCGGGACAAGGCGCUGCUGGGUAUCCUUCUCCUCAACCGGGGAAAGACUAUUAUUCUGCGCAAAGCUCGCCUGUUUCGCCGUACUCUCCGCCGCAGAGUCCGCCUUUGGGAGCACCUGCGCCUCAGUACCAGCCAAAUUAUAAUUACCAUCAAGGGCCAUCUGAGAUUGAGGGGACCGCCGUACAACGAUGAUCGAAGGGGGCAUCAUUGCAUGAGCCAGUAAUUAAAGAUGACUUUUACCGGUUGGUAGAAUUUUGGUUGUCAGGUGCUGCAUGAGCAACAGGUUUCAUUGCGUUAGGGAAUCAGUAUAAUCUUGCGCAGGCUUCGAAG